AUGGGAAAUCUAUAAACAUUAAUAAAUUAUCAUUCGCCUUUAUCAUAUAUUUAUGAUCUAAAUGAAUAAAUAUAAGAUUGUGGAAUGAUAAAUCAUCCUGGACUUGGAGCAAUUUAAUUAUGGAAAAUUAAACAAUCAAAUUAACCAAUGAUGUUUUCAUAUGUAAAUUAACUUUUUCAUAAAAAUUAGCAUGUACAUCUGUAUAAAAAUGAUUCACGUCUUGUUGAUUUUCAUAGAAUUCGUUGUUAAAUUAAACAUCCUAACCUUUUGUCUUAUUUUGCAUGUACAAGCUCAAAAGCUUAAAAUAUUGGAAGUGUUUAAUCAUUAUAACUAUUUUUUGCUUAUUACCAUAAAAAUUUAAAAUAGAAAUUACUUUAAUAAAAAACAAUGCCAGAAACUGAAAUUUGGAAUGUAAAUAAAAAAUAUAUAGAAGAUAAUUGAAUAAAUUGUUAAUGCGAUGGCAUAUUUAUAAGGAUUGAAUAGAUAUCAUGGUAAUUUGACUACAGAAUCAAUACUUUUGAAUGAAGAAGAUCAAAUUAAAAUAUUAGAUUAACUCUAAUAGAGACCAAAUGAAGAAUAGAUUAAAAAAGAUGUUUUUGAUUUAGGUUUAGUAAUAAUAGAAAUGCUAACACAUAGAGGUAAAUAAAUAAAUAUAUUAUUAUAAAAGCAAAUUAACUAAACUUUUAUGAAUCAUUAAAACAAUUGGCUGGAAUCUAUUCAAUUCAAUUAUUGUAAUUAGUUGGUAAGAUGUUAUAAAAAGAUGCAAGAUUAAGACCUGAUUUUUAUCAACUUCAAGACAUAAUUAAAAAUAGAUUUAAAGAACCUAUUAUCUUACAUAAUCCUAAUUUCAAUUAAGGUUAACCAGCAUUUAUAUAAAUAAAUAAUCAUCCUUAAAGAUUAUAAAGUAGGAAUUAAGAUUAAAGAAUGAUAACUUUACCUGGCACAUAAUAUAAACCUUCAAUUCAUCCUAGAAUUAUUUAUAAAAAUUCAUCAUAAACUAAUUUAUAGAAUAUUACUACUAUACCUUAGUAUCCAAUAUAAGGAACUUAAUAAAUACAAGAAUAAUAAAUUUAUAGUAGUGUAUAAUAUUAAAGAUAUCAUACUCCAAUUAAACAUAUAUCAAUGGUUGAUUCAAUCUCAACUGUAGAUAGAUUAACAUCGUGUCAAAGUGGAAUUCAACACAUUUCAGUUAUAAGGUAAAUUUGA